GGGGCUUUAACUUGCGCACAGCAGCUGUCUUUGUGGUCCGGGUCUGGGAUGGAGGGCGGCCGGCCGGAGGCGCUGGACCACCCCCCGGAGAACGGCUUCGCCCCUCUGGAGCGGCCGGCCCCCAGGCUGCUGCCGCACAUCGACGCGUGCGUCCUGCCGUCCCUGGGGGGGUUCGGGAAGCACCAGAAGCAGCUCGUCUUCCUGACCUGGAUACCGGCAUUGUUCAUCGGAUUCAGCCAGUUCUCCGACUACUUCCUCCUGGCGCAGCCCAACGGCACGUGCGUGCAGCCGCUGGGCAACGACACCAACUGGACGGUGGCCCCGUCCCUGCCGGUCACCGUGCCCACCGGAGGAGGCAACGGCACCGCGGAGGAGGAGGACGGCAACGGGCUGCUCUGCGCGUGCAAAGAGUGGAGGCUGGAGCUGCAGACGGGACUCAGCCAGAAUGUGGUUACCAAGUGGAACCUGGUGUGUGACUCGGCCUGGAAGGUUCACAUUGCCAAGUUCUCUUUGCUUGUGGGCUCCAUAUUUGGCUACCUGGUGAUGGGUGUCAUGGCCGACUGGUUUGGCCGCCACCCUGUUUUGAUCCUCUCGGUGCUUUUCAUGCUGGUGUUCGGUCUGACUGUCGCCUUCUCUGUAAAUGUCACCAUGUUCAGCACCUUGCGCUUCUUUGAGGGUUUCUGCUUGGCGGGCCUCGCUCUUUCCCUCUACGUGCUCAGGAUCGAGCUUUGUUUGCCAGGCUGGCGAUUUUCCAUGACCAUGGUGGCCAGUUUUCUGAAGGUGGGCGGGCAGCUACUGAUGCCAGGGGUGGCUGCUCUGUGCCGUCAUUGGCCCAACCGAGAUGACUGGCAGGUGCUGCAGAUAGUCAUAAUCAGCCCCUUCGUUCUGAUGCUGCCCUAUAUCUGGAUUUUUCCCGAAUCGCUGCGCUGGUUGCUGGCCACCCAGCACUACAGGCGGUCCAAAGCCAUGAUGCUGCGCAUUGCCCGAAAGAACCAGGUUGAUAUGACAACGGAGCCCAGUGGCGUUCUUACAGAGCUGGAGCAGGAGCUGCACAAGAAACCCCAGAGGAGCUGCAUUGUCAAGAUGAUGAGCACCAGGAACCUGUGGAAAAACAUCGUGGUGCUGUGUGUCAACUCCCUGACAGGUUACGGGAUUCACCACUGCUUCUCCCGGAGUAUGAUGGACCCGGAGGCCCAGCCCACGGCUUUGUGCCACGCCGACUAUUACACCAUGGCGGGCAUCGCCGUGGCAACCUGCCUGGCCCUCUGCCCCGCUGUGGGGUUGAUGGGUCGUCGGGGCGGGCUGCUCACUUUCAUGAUCAUUACGGCCCUGGCUUCACUACUUCAGCUGGGGCUGCUGAAUUUGAUUGGAAAGUACAGCCUUCGCCAUGACACAGUUCUGCGAGACACUCUGAACAGGAAAUUCUCGGUAGCCUUCUCCAUCAUCGGCAUGUUCUCCUCUCACGCCGUCAGCACGCUCAGCAUUUUCUUUUGUGCUGAAAUCACUCCUACUGUGAUUAGGGGUGGAGGUCUGGGCCUGGUGCUGGCCAGCGCCGGCUUCGGGAUGCUGACCGCCCCCAUCAUGGAGCUCCACAACCAGAAGGGCUACUUCCUGCACCACGUGAUCUUCGCCUGCUGCACGCUGCUGUGCAUCAUCUGCCUGCUGCUGCUGCCGGAGCCGCGCGGCCACCCGCUGCCCGAGAGCCUGGCCGACGGCGAGAGCUUCACCCGCCGGACGCUGCUGCUGCACCCGGGCGAGCAGCACCUCCUGCUCACCAAGUGCGACAAGGACUACUCCCGCGUCCACGACACGCCGCUGCACCUCACCGCCACCGGCGGGGCCACCGUGGCGGCGGCCACCGCUCUGGCAGCGGUGCCGGCCUCCUACGCGCUGGCCACCGGAGGGGAGGUCAUCGGGAACUGCGCCAUAGCCAACGGGGUGUGAGCGCCACAGCAAUAGUCCUUUACCUUUACCGUGCUAGUGAUUGCUGCAAGAUUAACCAGACCCACGAAAACUUUUAGAAAGGGAAAGGGGGGGUGGGG